CUUCUUAUCUCAACUCGAGAAAGUGAAGAGGCAUCAGUUGCGGAGAGACGUUCGGAUUAGACGGUUUGAGGCAUCUCCCUUUUGUCGUAAGUUUCGCCUCUGCUCGAGAAUACGAAGAAUUUAGGUAAUAAGAGUCGCCUGAAUAUGCAGUCUUUCAUGCAGUCAAAUAAGAUUCUCUCAAGAGUGAUGGAGCACAUACGGGUAUCCUGCUCAAGUGUCCAGGGGCCGCCCGAAUCAGAGUCUCCAACUCCAAGCGGUUCAGACCAGCAACCGAAGCCGGGGGAGAUCGAGGCCGCUACCUUAAUGACAGAUGAAACUCCUGUGAUAGUGGCUUCCAUGAGAGGCGGGCAUCGUUGCUUAGCCGCUGACAGAAGCGAGUGUGCAUUCGUCAAGUAUCUCCCAGGACAAGAAGCCUGUCCUUUGCCAGUCAGCGAAAGUAAAAUCAGCGAAAGUACAGAAAAUGGAAAGGUUAGCUUUGGGAGAACAUGCACCUACUGCCACAGGACGUUUUGCAGUACUUCCAAUAUGAACAGACACUUACGGCUGGAGCACGGUGUUACUCCGAAUACCGAGCAGCAGGGUAAAUAUAGACACAAGAAAAUUGCCAAUAAACGUAUUUUGUGCCUCAGAUGUGGGAAGGACUACAAGUUGUGGAAAUAUUAUUCUUGUCACCUCAAACUAGGCCGAUGUAAUAAGAAGAACGACCAGUGAACUGAACUCUUAUUUCGAGGCUACUCGCAACUUUGCGAUAAUUAAAACAUAUUUUGGGUCAGUGCCUGAAAUGGAUCUUUACUUUGGCACUUGUUUUUCCUUGUUUCUUUGUUAAAAUAUUUAAAUGUCAUUCGUCAGGGAUCUCAAAGAACAACGUGUUCUUUUUUUUAUAUCUUUCACAUUAUUUCCUGGUGAUAGUUAAGCGAUGGAUUCUACAAGAUCACUUUUAAUACUUACAGGCAAGGUGCUGGCAGUUUGCCAUUAUUCAUUUACAUUAUUGCUUUUGUAUAUCGUUAUCUUACAUUAUUUAUAUUAUUGUUACUGCUAUUAUUUGACCACAACUCUCGGUAAAAUGUGUGCUUUUAAAUAUUAAAAAUAAAUAUUUAAACAUUCAAAUGUAAAUCCAAUGUUUUUAUGUUCUGCAAUGUUAGUAUAUACUAAGUAAUAGUUGUUAACGCUGUGGCAUAUCAUAGAAGAGUGAGACAAUAAUCUCAGAUGUCUUAUUUGAAAAUAUGGUUUCUAAAUGAAAAGUUAUUUUUAUAUUAAA